ACUUCUUCCAACUUUUUUUCUCUCUUCUCCCACUUCUCAAGUCUCAACUUUUACAACAUCUAUCAUUACUACUACUAGUUCCUGAAAAGUCUCUAUACCGGAGACCUGUGGUUCUAGUCAUCAACGCUCAUCCGACGAGUCUAUUUGACUGAGAUUUUCAGCGACAAGAAAACCCCACCGGGCCGCUUCGUCGCUAAGGAACAAACCUUUUAACACCAAACCCCCACCGUCUUCAUUCGAUCACAGUCCGUUGCUGUGAUCACCCCUUAUACCUCCCGCAAUCAUGGCUUCCAACGACAAGGGUCUCGAGGAGAUCCCCGACAGCCAGAUCGAGUCUAACUACGAUGAGAUCACCGACUCCUUCGACUCUAUGGAGUUGAAGCCUGAGCUGCUUCGCGGUGUCUACGCCUACGGUUUCGAGCGUCCCUCUGCUAUUCAGCAGCGUGCCAUCCUGCCCAUCGUCAAGGGCAACGAUGUCAUCGCCCAGGCCCAGUCCGGUACUGGAAAGACCGCUACUUUCUCCAUCUCCGCUUUGCAAAAGCUCGACCCCAACGUCAAGGCUUGCCAGGCUCUGAUUGUCGCUCCUACCCGUGAAUUGGCCCAGCAGAUCCAGAAGGUCGUCAUCGCUAUCGGUGACUUCAUGAACAUCCAGUGCCACGCCUGCAUUGGUGGUACUGCUGUCCGUGAUGACAUGAACGCUCUCCGUGAGGGCCCUCAGAUCGUUGUCGGUACCCCCGGCCGUAUCCACGACAUGAUCCAGCGUCGUGUCCUCAAGACAGACCAGAUGAAGAUGUUCAUUCUCGACGAGGCCGAUGAGAUGUUGUCUCGUGGUUUCACCGAGCAAAUCUACGACAUCUUCCAGCUCCUUCCCCAGUCCACCCAGGUUGUCCUGCUCUCUGCCACCAUGCCCCAGGACGUUCUUGAGGUCACCACCAAGUUCAUGCGUGACCCAGUCCGUAUCCUGGUCAAGAAGCAGGAACUUACCCUCGAAGGUAUCAAGCAGUUCUACAUCGCUGUUGAGAAGGAGGAGUGGAAGCUUGACACCCUCUCCGAUCUCUACGAGACCGUCACCAUCACCCAGGCCGUCAUCUUCUGCAACACCCGCCGCAAGGUUGACUGGCUCACUGACAAGCUCACUGCCCGUGACUUCACUGUCUCCGCCAUGCACGGUGACAUGGAGCAGGCCCAGCGUGAUGUUAUCAUGAAGGAGUUCCGCUCUGGAUCCUCUCGUGUCCUCAUUGCCACUGACCUUCUGGCCCGUGGUAUCGAUGUCCAGCAGGUUUCCCUGGUCAUCAACUACGAUCUCCCCGCCAACCGUGAGAACUACAUUCACCGUAUCGGUCGUGGCGGUCGUUUCGGUCGUAAGGGUGUUGCUAUCAACUUCGUCACCGCUGACGAUGUCCGUAUGAUGCGUGAGAUUGAGCAGUUCUACAGCACCCAGAUUGAGGAGAUGCCCAUGAACGUUGCUGACCUCAUCUAAAUUCCCUGAUUUCCGAGCCACCUAAUGUCUUCGAUGCGGGUUACGAUUGCCGCUCCAAGGGCGAGUUGCGGUGGGAAAAGACAUGUUUUGAUCGUUGCAGCUUCUCUUGGUAAAGGAGGAUACCUUAAAAGUGGCUUUCUGUGUCUCCAGCAUUUUAUUUGUUAGCAGUAGCGGCGACAAUUGAGGAACUGUCGCUGAUUUACUGUUUCAUGGUUUCCUUUGUUCUGCUAUGCUUAUGGAGAUGCGACAUGUUUGUGCGAAUUUUUUAUGCUGUAAUUCAUGAUUGUCUCUUCUGGGAUUUCUUUCCACCUCUUUUCCUUUGUCCCUUUUCCUACUAUGCUCGACCAAAAAAAGCGAGCAAAAUGAUGAUUGCUCGUGGGGGCGUUCGUCCUCCAAUGAUUGGGUGGAUGAAUGUGAUACAUCUAUGGAUCUGGGAUGGUUGCUUAAAGUAUGGAGCACAAUAGACAAAGAGGUAAAUGCCAUUCCGUUUGGUUAACCCAGUCUUGAUGUCUCGCUGUAUAUGUAGGACGGGAGAAGUAGUUCUGAUACACAAUUUUCAUAACUCGCGGGCUUGUUCUCUCCCGUCCUCUGUGAUAAACAAGAGUCCUCCGUCUUUCGGAUUAU